ACAGAGCCUCGGGUAAAAUGACACCGGGUGACGCCCUGAAACAAAGCAUAGAAACUUUACACAGUCCUGGCGCACUGCACUGGGACCGCGCACCUGGUCUGUCCCAUAAAACACACACAGGCGGACGACAAUAAGUAACCGAUACCGGAGAAGUUAUGCCCUCAAAACAGGGGGAGACGACCAGCCGUCGUUGACCGACACCGGAAGGAUCCGAGAUGGGGGACGAGGGUUGUUUCAAGUCCGUUCUCCCCCCUCAGGUCCUGGACGACAGCAGUCUGGCCUUGCCGGCCGAGCACAGCAUCCUGAGCCCGGCCAGGUUCCACUCCGUCGACCGGAGCGUCCGGGUCCAGCAGCAGGUCCAGCUCACCCUGGCCCGCAAGGGGAAGAAGUCCGCCUCAAACGGUAGCGUCCAUCAUGCCCAAAGGAGUCUGUCCUGGAGCUCAGACUACAGAGACGGACCGUCGCACAACAGCACGCUGAGGAGCGGCUCCGCCUUCAGCCCGCCCCCGACGGCGUCCUGCCGGUCGCUGCGCCGGCCCUCUCGGAGGGUGGAGGUGUCUCCGGCCCCCAGCCCGGUGCUGCCCCGCCCCCCCCUGCGCUACGGGGCUGCCGGCCGGAGCCUGGGGACCUACACCAUCCCGGGGCCCGGGGCCCCCCCCAAGAUGGCGCCCCUGCCGGAGCGGCCGUACGGCUCGGUGCCGCACAAGCGCUACGCCUUCUCCGAGGUCCCGCACGCCACGCGGCUCCACGGCGCCACCUACAGCGCCCGGCGCAGCCCCGCCCACCCCGGGCCCCGGGGCCCCGCCCGCGCGGCCCCGCCCCCCCGCAGGGCGGCGGCGGGGGGGGGCGGGCUGUUCCAGAGCCACACCCCUUGGGAGACCGGCACGGCAGAGAGGAGCGGGGUGACCCUCCCCGGGGUGACCCAGGAGCGGGAGGGGGAGCGGCAGGGGGAGCGGCAGGGGGAGGAGCAGGGGGAGGAGCAGGGGGUGGGGCAGGGGGAGGAGGAGGAGCAGGGGGUGGGGCUGAGCUGGCUGAUCAAGGCCAGGAGGGAGCUGUGCUUCGAGGGUCUGGACGCCGCGUCGGCAGUCAGCAUGGAGCUGGACGCCCCCAGGGGGGCGGAGCCCGAGUUCCCCGUCCAGUGGGCCAGCGGCCGGGCUCAGAAGUGGGCGGCGAAGCCCCCUGAGCUGACUCUGGAGCGGGCGGUGGCCGCGCUGACGCAGGACAGCGAGGACGCCCUGGUGACCGCCUCCAGCUUCAUCCAGAAGCAGUGCUUCAGCAGCGCCGACGCCAGGAAGAUGGUGUUCUACCUCCACGGGAUCCCCAAGCUGCUGCAGCUGCUGCCCAGCGACAGCGAGGAGGUGCAGCGGGCCGCGGCCGGCGCCCUGCGGAACCUCGUGUUCCAGAGCGACGAGAACAAGAUGGAGGUGAAGGAGAGCGAGGGCGUGGCCCUCAUCCUGCGGGCGCUGCGGAGCUGCCGCGACGUGGAGGCCCGCCGCCAGCUCACCGGUCUCCUGUGGAACCUCUCGUCCCACGACGUGAUCAAGGAGCACCUGUCCCAGGACGGCUUCUCGGUCCUCACCUCCAGGGUUCUGGUGCCGUGCUCCGGGCUGUCUGAGGGCGAGAACCCCAAAGACGAGCUGCUGGCCGACGCCGACACCUUCCACAACGCCACCGGGUGUCUGCGCAACCUGAGCUCGGCCGGCCCGGACUGCAGGAAGGCCAUGAGGGACUGUGAGGACCUCAUCGACGCCCUGGUCUACUACAUCCGCGGCACCAUCGCCGACUACCAGCCCGACGACAAGGCCACAGAGAACUGUGUGUGCGUUCUCCACAACCUGUCGUAUGCGAUCGAGUCGGAGAUUCCUCCGAGGUUCUUCAGGGACCUGUCGGAGGCCCCGCCCCCCCCCUCCUCCACCUGGUCCCCGGGCUGCUUCGCCCACCGGCCCCCCAAGAACACCACGGACCUGGAGCGACAGCGCCCCCUGCUGGAGGAGAAGGCCAACCCGCACGGCAUCGAGUGGUUGUGGAGCGCCAUCACGGUGCGCAUGUACCUGUCUCUGAUGGCGCGCAGCGGCAGCAACUUCACCCAGGAGGCGGCGCUGGGGGCGCUGCAGAACAUCACGGCCGGACACGGCAUGCUGACGGAGGCUAUCUGCUACACGGUGGUGCUGCGGGAGAACGGCCUCCAGCAGGUCCGCCGGAUGCUGCAGGAGGGAGACCGCUCCGUGAGGCGCACGGCCGUGGCCCUCGUCAAGAACCUCUCCCGCUACCGCGAGCUGCACGCCCCCAUCGUGAAGCAGGUGCUGCCCGAGCUGGUGGGCAUGCUGCCCCACUCGGACCAGGGGACGGAGGUCCCCACGGAGCUCACCGUCUGCCUCUGUCAGAUCCUCACCAACUUUACCAAGAACGACACCAGCAGCGUCAAGGCCAUCGUGAACCAGGGCGCCCUGCCCAAGGUCAUCAACAUCAGCACCAAGGACAACGGCUUCGGUCCGACGCGGGCCGGGCAGGCGGCCUGUCUGCUGCUGCACACCAUGUGGAGACACAGCGACCUCCACGGGGCCUACCGGAAGGCUGGGUAUAGGAAGAUUGACUUCGUCAACAGCAGGACCACGAAAGCUGUGAACUCUUUGCAAGACUAAACCGUAGAAUCAGGGACCCAGCGCUGGCUGCAGGAAAACAUUUGGUGCGGUGAUUCAGAACAUUUGGUGUAGAUUCUAUGUUAAAUAAAAUCAAUGAUCUGUUGUUCUAAGUUUUCAGAUUGAUUGUUUUGCAGAUAGUUUGUUCAGUAGAAUACUUAAAAUAGCCCUUUUAAGCAUUUCCUUUUAUCUACCGUUUUUUUUUAACAAAAGCACGUAUAAUGAUCGCAUCAACCCUCGGAAUGAAUGAAUGAAUGAAUGGAUGAAUGUGGAAGGUUUGGAGCAAUGUCAAUGAGGAAAAAAUUAUGUAAAAUUGAACAUAAUUUGAAGUUGAAUUUCCUUUACUUAUGUGUGUAUUGUUUGUUUUUACAAAUGUACCCCUUAGAGGGCAGCUUUGAGAACCUUAUGAUUAUAGUAGUUUUUAUGUACCAUCUGGUAUUCUUUUGUAUUUGUUUUUGUUUUGCACUGCUAUGCGAAUACGUUUAACCGUGUGGAUAAAUGUCACUUUGCAGGAAAUUGUUCUGGAAACAUUCAUUUAUUUUGUGAAGGAGGACAUUUUAUUGGGAUUUCAAUGUGUUACUAAUUUAAACGUCACUAACACACUUGGUAUAUAAUCCAUCAAUAUAUAGGCUAUAUAGUUGUCAUGAAUUUUGAAGUUUGGUCAAUUAUCAGUUUUUGAAGAUUUGAAGCCAUUUUAAUGAUUCAUAAUAUACAAGUUAAAAAGUUACAUGAAGUUUAAAACACAUAUUGUGGAACGGUGGAAAUGGUCUCAUUGAUUAGAGUGGAAGCGAUCAGCAGCGGUGACCGCGGCGCGUACGCCUCCGGUGGAAUCAAGCCUUGAGAGUAGACCGAGAGAAAGUGAUGACGCUCUCAACAAAAUGGCUGCGCCCAUGAAGACAUUUAUUUUUUGCUUUUGUACCACGAAUGACAAUUUAAUGUCGAUUUUAAAUGCUCUUACACACUUGAUUACAUUGCUAAUUUAUUCCGUUCACCAAUUUAUAAAUUGCAUGGUCUUGCUGUCCGUGCAAUACAAUGUAAAGUUGUGUUUAUUUUCAGGCUGGUUUGCUAAAGAGGCUAAUGUAGCUAACAAUAAAUAACGACUAGCCAACUCCAUGCCACAAUAACAAAGACAAACAGGAACGCUAUGAAUGCUCCGAGUCCGGAAGUGACGUCAAACGUGCAACUCGGAAAGCUGGCGUCCGAGGAUUCAGGAACACACCAUAACGCCACCAAUUCCAACAAUCAUGGAUAAGGUAUGAGCCAUGUGACAGUUUCAGUCUCCUCCUCGUUCCUUUACGAUCACUCAUGGAAAUGUUCCACUAGUUGGCGCCAUUUUUCCAGGAGUUACGAGAGAAAUCCAAUUUUUAAGGUAAGAAAGUAUUUUUAUUUAUUUUUAUGUUUUUUUUCUAUUACUGUUACCGUUGUAAAGUUGUAUGAGUUAUAUCAGGUCAAACUAUAGUUUCUCUAGUAAAGAAUGGUGUGUCUCUCCCUUGCUAAUGUCAAAGCCCCAUGCCGAUACAGCUAGUUUAGGAAUGGAUGUCAGGGCAGGGUGGGUUGUAAUGCAUGUUUUGAAAGUGUUACCAUCAUCCCCUCACAUACAAAGUUGUUACCAGAGAAGAUGUUGAAGAUGUGGCCCUGUUCUCAAUAAAAACAACUGUUCAGCUGUUUCUCUCAAGAGACACAAAUGCACACACACAAAGUAUUCUAUAAUUAGGGGUACAUGUCAUGUCCAUGGGUUGUAUUUAUAAAUUGUACAACAUUUUUUCCUUUAAUAAUACUAAUCAAUAAUUAUUUUAUAUUGGGGCAGUUAUUUUUCAUUUCACUUAAAAAUUUCAACCAGUUCCAUAUUAUUUUUUUCAGAAAAUGCAUAUUCUAUACUAGAAGUCGCUGUUUUUGUGCUGUCCUAAUUGCUGAAUGUCAGGUGUUUCUUUAAGAAAAAACAAUAAACUAUGCGUUUUUGAGAAUUAUUUUCAUCAUUAUUUGUUGGAAAUAAUCAUUAUAAUAUGAUGAAGGUGUUUGAAAAACAAUUCUAAUUAUUAAUAAACAUUAAAUUAUCCACUU